AUGGAUCACCACUCUACAUUAUCUCCUCUAAAACAAACCGAGCACAAAAAAGUGAUCACAAUGUUGGUUCCAACAUUGACAAAAAAGGGUUCCGAUCAAGAAAACACACCUUCCCCAAUGCAUGUAAGGUUAUCAAUGACGGAUCCAGAUGCAACUGAUUCAUCCGGUGACGAAGAUGGGUCGGUUUUCCAACGAAGGCGCGUAAAGAGGUACGUCCAUGAGAUCAAACUACAAAUAUCUACCGAAACUGCAGUCGCGGGUGUUGAUGCUAGGAGGAAAAAGAUCGGUAAGGGGUCUAGUUUAGAGGCUAAACAGAAGCCAAAGAAGACGACGAAACCGAGAAAGGUUGGGAAGUAUAGAGGGGUUCGACAAAGGCCGUGGGGUAAAUGGGCGGCAGAGAUUAGGGAUCCGACGAGGCGGAUACGAUUGUGGUUGGGGACGUAUGACACCGCGGAGGAGGCUGCUAGGGUUUAUGAUAAUGCAGCUAUUAAACUUCGCGGUCCUAAUGCUUUGACCAACUUUAUUGCACCACCGGUUGCUGAAAAUCAACCGGUAGAUGCUGAAAGCCCAUUGGUUGACAAAAAUAAACCAGUGGUUGCUGAAAAAACACCGGUUGCUAAAAAUCAACCGACAAAUGCUAAAAGCCCAUUGCUUGAAAAAAAUGAACAAGUGGUUGCUGAAAAAACACCGGUUGAUAAAAAUCAACUUUUGAUUGUUGAAAAUCCACCGAUUGCUGAAAAUCAACCGGUGGUUAUUAAAAACCCACCAUUGGUUGAUGAGAAUCAACCAAUGGCUGUCAACAGUGGUUCAAUGUCAGACUAUGAUUCCGGUGAAGAGUCGCACAACAACCUUUUGUCCCCGACUUCUGUCCUUCCGUUUAGUAACCCUAGUGACAUUUUUAGUCACUCAAAAGAACCGCUUGGACCGGUCAAUGAUGCUAUGGAGUGUGAGUUAGCAAACCAAUGGGGUCCGGUUCAUGGACUUGACCCGGAUAAUGAUUUAAUGGUUGACCGGAAUGGGUCGGGUGCUUUUGACAAUGUAUCAUUCUUGGACAAUCUUUUUGACUUCCAAUCACCGGAUCCGAUACCAUUUGACGAUGAAGUUCCAUGUUAUGUGAUGGGUAAUGGUUUCGGGUCACUUAACCCGAUUCAGUUUGAUAACAUUGAUACAAUACCAUUUGUUGACAAUUUUAAAGAUCUGAUUCCUGAGGUUGGACUUCCAUCAACGUUGGAGGUUGAGAACUAUUUUUAA